AUGCAGGCCAACACUUUGCGAUGCGGACGCGGUGCGCACUGCCGGGGACGCGUUGCACUGCCGGAGGAGCGAGCAAGUCAGCUGGUGAAUUUUGGAAUAGCGACAGAUCCACUAUUAUCUAUGUCGGCUUCUGAUCCGAUAACAAUCAACUUCGAUUAUUCCGUCCCACCACCACCAAUGGGAUGUCUGUAUGAGGUAUUCUGCUAA